GGCUUGGCUGCUUUUUUUUUUUUACAUUUGUAUGUAUUUAUUUUUGCUGCUAGCUUAAUUAUUAGAUGUCCACUUCCUUUUAGGGGCUCCGGUGAGUCGCUGGUGCGUGGCUGACUUAUUGUGUUUGUGUUUCAUGGGGAGUUGGUGACGGAGUGAGAGAUGUGAAAACACCUUCUGAAAAACAGCCCAGCUGUGGGUGGCAUGAGCGAUAUUUGGGGGCGGGGGCGAGAGGGGAAGCUUGGAAAGAGGAAGGAGGUGCAACAUUUGCAUUGCUUUGUGCAGUCAACAUGAUAUACAGGCAGAAUUUGAUUACGUGGGGUGGGGGAUGGAGAGGGCGGAAGGAGCACAAGGAGCAGAGGGUAAACAAUAAGAUCUAUUCAAAGGAUACGGCAUAUAAUCAGUCUGAUCUGGGAUAACACAAAGCGCCCCCAUCUAGUCAGGGUUGUUUCCAGUACUUCAUUGUUGAAACAGCUGUCCUUUUCUGAAGCGGGGAGGAGGCGAUGUUGGUGACAGAAAUGAGAGCAACUGCAGGGUUUACUUAUUUUAUGGAGGUUAUGUGCAGAGGGGGAAUAUCUGCCAAUUCAGUUUUUCAACUGUGCAGCUUGUUGAUCAUCUUGCGCUGGAGAGCAGCUUGAAGGGGGAGGGGGCAGAGGAGCAACCUAUAAAGGGACUGAAACAACAUUGGAUAUGGCUCACUCUCUUUGCUGAGAGAGAAAGUAAACACCAUCAAGCAAAAAUCUUGACAACUUGAGGAGUGUUUGAUAAUGGCUAUGAAGAAGAGCAGUGUGUUGAUCCAGAAACUGACCAGUGGAUUGAGACAGAUGUUCUCAAAUAAUGACGAAGCAGUAAUCAACAAAAAACUUCCAAAAGAACUGCUACUUCGAAUAUUCUCUUUUCUGGAUGUGGUCACUCUGUGUCGUUGUGCUCAGGUUUCCAGGGCAUGGAAUGUCCUGGCCCUGGAUGGCAGUAACUGGCAGCGAAUUGACCUGUUUGAUUUCCAGAGGGAUAUUGAGGGUCGAGUAGUGGAGAAUAUUUCUAAAAGAUGUGGGGGUUUCUUGCGAAAGCUAAGCCUGCGUGGUUGUCUAGGAGUGGGAGACAAUGCAUUAAGGACAUUUGCACAGAACUGCAGAAAUAUUGAAGUACUGAACCUAAAUGGUUGCACCAAGAUCACAGAUACGACAUGCACCAGCCUUAGUAAGUUCUGCUCUAAACUCAGGCACCUUGAUUUGGCUUCCUGCACUUCCAUAACCAACCUGUCUCUAAAAGCACUGAGUGAGGGAUGCCCACUGCUGGAACAGCUGAAUAUCUCCUGGUGCGACCAAGUGACUAAGGAUGGCAUUCAGGCUCUGGUGAGAGGUUGUGGAGGACUCAAAGCCCUGUUUCUGAAAGGCUGCACACAGCUGGAGGAUGAAGCUCUCAAAUACAUUGGAGCACACUGUCCUGAACUAGUGACAUUAAAUCUGCAAACCUGCUUACAAAUCACAGAUGAUGGUCUCAUAACAAUAUGCAGAGGAUGCCAUAAAUUGCAAUCUUUGUGUGCCUCAGGCUGCUCUAACAUUACAGAUGCCAUCUUGAAUGCCCUGGGACAAAACUGCCCACGGCUUAGAAUAUUAGAAGUUGCAAGGUGUUCGCAGCUAACAGAUGUGGGCUUUACCACUCUGGCCAAGAACUGUCAUGAGCUUGAAAAAAUGGACCUGGAAGAAUGUGUUCAGAUUACAGACAGUACAUUAAUCCAGCUUUCCAUACACUGUCCACGGCUUCAGGUGUUGAGUUUGUCCCACUGCGAGUUGAUCACCGAUGAUGGGAUCCGUCACUUGGGGAACGGCGCGUGUGCGCAUGACCGUCUGGAAGUGAUCGAGCUGGACAACUGCCCUUUGAUCACAGAUGCCUCCUUGGAACACCUGAAGAGCUGCCAUAGCCUGGAGAGGAUAGAACUGUAUGACUGUCAACAGAUCACGCGGGCAGGGAUCAAGAGACUCAGGACCCAUUUACCCAAUAUUAAAGUCCAUGCCUACUUCGCUCCUGUGACUCCACCUCCAUCAGUAGGGGGCAGCAGACAGCGCUUCUGCAGAUGUUGCAUCAUCCUAUGACAUUGGAAUUGGUCAUCCUUGCAAACUGAGUAUUUAAUUACACUUCUAGAAUUACAGCGGACACCUGUAUCUUCAACGAAUGCGAUCCCAGUGUCAUUUGCAAGGGCCAGUGAAAAGGGCUGUGGCACCGGGCCCCUGUAGCCACCCGUACACACGCACAUACACACGCACCACCUGUUCCAGCCAGCUGAUGAACUCUGUGACGUGGGAGCUGGAUGUGUGUUGUCUUUUGCUGUAGGUGGAUUGGUAUAUUUCUGAACCAUUCCUACUGGGCAUGCUCAGAAGAAACUACAGGGGAGGGGGUUGUGCAAACCCAAAGCGACUGCUGCUGGUUUUUUGGUUUUUUUGUUUUGUUUUGUUUUGUUUUUUAAUGUUGGAACAGCACCAAAAUCCUUCAGAGUUAGGGGAGGGAGAGAAACGAACAUGCUUUAUCCUUGCAUCCACUGUCCAAAAAAACAAAGAGGUUUUGUUUUCUGUUCUUCAGUAAGAGAAUGAAAACAGCAGCCAUUGUGAGACUUGAUUUCCUGUGCUUCGGUACUUCCUUGUUUCCAUGCUAACACACUGAGCAUGCUCACUUGAAGGUUCAUCAGUUUCUUCUGUGUUUUGUAGCAUUCGGCUCAGAGGCUUCCUAGAUUGUUGUGAUGAUAUAGCUUGAAAUCUGUAACGUGAGGCUCAAUUUUUUACCCCACCCAUCCCUCUUUUUUUUUUUUUUACAGAUUUCUAAUUUAGUAUUUUUUUGAGAUUAUUGAACAUAAGUUAUUUAUCAAUAAAAAUAAGACACUUUUUACCAUUAGAAGGCUGCGCCUGAAACUGCCUGGCUGAUGGAAAGAUCUUAAAUAGAUUGAGGCGUAAGCUAGAGUUUAUUUGCCCAUUUUUACCAAUGGUUGGGUCUCAACUCUUUUUUGCAUUUCAAGUUUUACCCUAGUAAAGAGAACAUAGCUCACAAUACAGGGGACACAGCUGCAGUCUAAUUAAUAUUGAUUCCUUGGCGCCCGCCCCCCCAUCCAAAACAAAAAAAAAAGGGAAAUCGGAAUUGCAUUACUGCUUGUUGCUCUGGUCCAGGAAUGACUCCUCUGAAGUAGAAGGGUCAGCAGACCUGAAAAUCUGUCCCUGAGUGUCGCCACGUUGUUGUCUAUUGAGUUUGUGAAUUCUCAGCAACUUCGCUGACGUUUGCAUUUGCCACAGGUAAGUCUUGUGCUCGAGAAGCAUCCAUUUGAGUGAAAUGGGAGUGUCUUCUACAUCACAAGGAUAUGUCUUGCUUCCAGUUCCUCCCAGCUCCCCAAAAGGGUGUAUUCUGGCACAUUGACGUGGUCCAGCUAUGUAGCAGCUGUGUUGUGAGUGAUUCAGGCAAGCUUAAUCCUGCUGUUUCUUGGGAAUGUAAAGAGCCUGAGCCAGCCUCCAGGUAAUCAUUGAUCCUUUGAUACCAGGAGUCCAGAUUGCCCAGCAGGAGAGAUGCUAACAGAUGGGCUGGCUCUGUGGACUUUCUGGGGCUGCCGUCAGACUGUAACAGGUUCACGGCAGGAGAGCCCAGGUGUAAGUAAAUGCUCUUUUCCUGCUGUCAGCAUUCUGGGAGGGAAGAGAAAGCACACGUUCUGCGAAUUGUUCCCAGCUGACUGAGACACAGAGGAAUGAGCGUGCUUAAUCAUCAUAAUUGUCAGAGACCCAGAAGGUAGAAGCGGCAUUCUACCUUUAUGGAGAAGAAUUACAGGAGACGGGGAAGAAGAGAGGGUUUUAUAAAGCACUAGCAAUAGAUGUCAGAGCUCUGAGAGUUUGGGGGCUUUUUUGCCUGCACAUUUAUGUGGAAGGCAGUUUUACCUUCCCCAGACUGUCAUCACAACCUGAAUAAUUCAGGCAAUUAAAGGGGUCAUUUUUAGCACUGUAUAAGCUAUGUUGAUUCAUCUGCUAUUCAUUUCAUCAACCUAUCCGUAUAUGUUUGUGAAUCUGCUGGAAAGGCAUGUAGAAGAAACCAAGUGUGCAUUGUUUAAAAGGAUACUGACAACUGGUUCCCCAUAGAUUUUAAUUUUUUUAUGUCAUAUUAAUUAAACCCUUUUUAGAAGCUGAAAUAGUUUUCUCCUUCAACAGCAGUGCUCAAAUUCCAUUUGCAAAACUUUCUAUUUUCCCUUGAUUUCAGUGUGGCAGAAUGUGUCUGGCUACUGGUUUAUAUUGUUGCAGCUUUUUGACUUCCUGGACAAAUCAGAUGUAAGUCAGUUUGGGCACAAGAAAUGGUCAGUAUUAGCACAGCUCUGGGGAUAAUCUUUUAGUUAAUUUCUGCUAGGGCAAGAGGAGAAAAAACGGGUUUUGGGGGGCGGGGUUAAGUCCAGCUACAGAGUGGCUGUUUAAUUUCUUGGCAAUGUGUUGUUUGGUUUUGGAGGACAAAUUUAAGAAUUUAGAAUCCAAUGCAUUUUCUUCAACAGGGUAACAGUUUGUGGUAUCCCAAACUACUUGACAGAGUCCGUUUGUCAAGAAUCCCUUUACAUGGUUUCUUUUGUAUGUUUUGUAUUUUUAUAAAUACCCACAAAUAACCACUUCCCAAGCUUUGUCUUGUCAGAAGAAUUCCUUUGGUGGGCAAGACCUUCAGCAGUUUGGUGUAUCGGGCAGGCCCUGGGUUUGGAAUUUGAGACUAGGUUCCAGGUGCAUUCCCACUUUGUCUUGGUUAGCCAUCGGUCAGAGAAAUGGGGUCCCUAGGCAUGGGGGCAGGGUUAUGUCUCAGCCUAAGUGCUGCUGAUGCAGACAUGGUAAUAGACUUCAGCACCAUGGAUUGACCUGAUGCCCACAGGAGGUAUCAUGGAUUGAGAUGGAAGGGAUCAUCCUUUAGAAGUGUGGAGGUUUUUGAGGGGGGAGUAACGGGACUUCUUAGAGGUUCAGCGAGGAGCAAGGCCUGCGCUGAAUGUCCAGUCUGAUUGGAGGACUUCUACUUGUGCCAAAUACGUCAGCUAAAUUAAGAACACCAGAUUUCUUUCAGUUAGCGUUGUUUUCAGCAACUGGAAGAGCAGGUCUUAGUGAUGUAUAAGACCAUUGACUGUUGAAUUUACUUAUUGGCUCCUUCCUUACCCACGCACUCAAAGUCCACCUACACAGCCUGAAUUGCUGGUUUGAUUCCAUGGAAAUCCUGGUGAUUCACAAUGGUAGUGGUGUAGGUUGAGCCAUGUUUCAAUUCCUUGAGAGGAAAUGCUCUGCGUAAUCUGUGUCUGUCUUGUCAACACGCGGUCUGUGCAGCUGGGCAUUGUCCAGAGAUUGGGCAGUGGCUCUUAAAACUGCACCAGUCUGUGCACUUUUGGGGAGGCAGAGUGGGGCAACCUUCAGAACCGACCAGACGGUAAAGAAACUGCGUCUCGUACAAUGUGGUUCAGAGACUAGGCAGAGAGAGAACCUUUGGACUAAUGGAAUUUGAGAUCGUCCAGGAGGAGUGCCGCGAGGAGGUCUCACACAACCAAAAAUAAGAGUGAAGUCGGCAGUACUUUCAAUCAUGAUUCUCGAGCUGUUCCUGACGGGGUGGAGACAAAAAGGUGCAGCAAGCUGUCAUGAUAUUUAAAAAAAAAAAACCCUAAAGAAAAUCCCUGUUUUCUAAACAUCAUUGUAUUCUUCCUUUCUUCCUUUUUUUAAUUUUAAUCGGGAUGUGUUGUUCAUGGCUGGCCCAUGGUGUUCUGUUUUGGUUUUUUGGGAGGGGGGUGCAGCGGAGACCAGUAUGACAAGGUUCUUCACUACAGUGUCCUAUUAGUGGGGGGGCGGGGGGGCAGAGAAGAGGUUGAACUGACUGUGUGUGAUCCGUUGUCCACAAAGCGUGUGGCUUAGUGUACAUUUAUGUUUGUUUUAUAUGGAGCAUCCACACAACUUGACCAAACUGCACAACUCCCUCUCGGUUCUGCUUUGCCAGCAAUGCUGCAAGGUUAACCAGACAACUCACUGUCCUGUUCUGUAACUCUGGGCUCCCCACUGCCAUGUCUGCCCUCGGAAGGGCUUCCCAGGCACACCCCAAAACUGUGCUUAUCUCUCAAAGCUGCAGGCCAAAAUGUUCACAGUCCACAUUCAAAAAUCUGGUCUCUUGCCUUCCCAGCCCAUCAUUUCCCACUCUGCUCCUGCCGUCGGGGAGAGCCUGUCCCUGGAUUCCACGCCAAAACCCUCAUGCUUGCACAAUGGGGGUCACUUGCAGUAGCCCAGGUAUAGAGCGGAUUCCUCAGCACAAUCCCAUGUCUCCCAUGAAGUCUGCUGGGUUUUUUAAACGCUUCUCCUCUUGUUUACACUCCGCCUGCCGUAACUUCUGUUCCCUUGCCGUUUACCGCUGCAGGGAACAGCGUCUGGAUUCCCCAGUGGGGGCGCCUGUCUCUGCGACAGGGCAUAACUCUCCCCUGGUUCCUUCCCACCCACCCCAGCAGGCAGGGAGGUGGGAGGGAGAAGGGUAGCACAUAUUGCCAUGUCAUUGCGGCCAUCCAAUGGGUCUAGCUUUCCACACCACGAGCUGGCUUUUCUUCCUUUUCACUUGGACCGUGAUUUUGAAAGAACCAGCCAAGGUAUGUGAAAUUGCUGGCAUCCGCCAGCACCCCUCUGUUUACUGUCCCCACAGACAAUCUGCCUCGUGGCCCCUUGGACGUGCAUCCCCUUCCCCAGCCACAUGGACGCUGUUCUUCCCCUCAUCCUGCACCGUUCCUUAGCUUGUGUGUAGCAGCUGAUACUUGGGCCUGGCCUCAACCAUUCUGUCCAACCAUCAUCGGCUUGUGCGCUGAGGCAAGGUGCUUACGUUGGCUGUAGAUAGACAGGCUCUUGGAGACAUGACGAUACCUGCUGCAUCAUCACCCCCAGCAGCGAGGCCCUUCCCGCCACACUCAAUUCUUUAACCUCUGUGGAUUCCUGCAGCGGAGCAAAUUCCUGAUCGAAGGCCCUGUCUACACUCCACGCCUAUGACAGAGUAGCCCAUUCGUGAUUCGGAGUCUAGACGCAGCAUAUGCAGACAGAAGGAGGAGUUCCGUCGCCGCUUUGACACGUGGCUCUGUCGGCAUCGUUGCAUUUACACUGGGUACUUUGCAAGCACAGCUAUGUUGGCUAAGGGGUGUGAUUUCCCACACACACACACACACACACUCCUCACCAGCAUAGUGACGCUGGCAUAACUUUGUAGUGUAAACCUGACGUGACUUUCCAGAGAGCGAGGCUCGUCAUUUUGAACGCGGCGUUUUUGUUGUGAUGAGAAGACUGUUUUGUUCGUUUUUUGCUUUUUAGCAUUCAGGGUUGGGCUAAUGUCCUUGACUUACCGUUCCUUUCCUUCCCUCCUCCCCCAACCACCUCUUACCUUGAUCCAGUCCAAAUAGCUGCAGUUUUGGAUUUGUUGAGUGUACUAGUAUGUAUUGGAAAGGUUUCUUUUAGUAUUUUUUAAUUGGUUUUUAACUUUGAUGGAUGUAUCAUGUCCAUUAGACUAAAUUACUGGACACACAAGUUAGAACCUUGUCAUACACUCCCUUAAUUAUAUAUAUUAUAUAGAGAGAUCUGUAAAAUAUUAUUUUAAUGAUAUUGUAAUCUGUGCUUUCCCUCUCCUGGACACUAAGUGUGGAUAUAAUAAUGCCAAUUAAUGAAAAGUAAAAAUAUAUAUAUGUAGCUAAAUUGUA